AUGGUCAAUACCCUUCGUCGUGCAAUUUUCCUUCAUCGAUUAUAUAAUUGGACCAUUAUUCCUCAAAAUUUUGCUACGUCUUACCGGGGAGAUGGUGUUGUGCCAUUUGAAGAACUAGUCGAUAUUGAUGCCUUCAAUUCGCUUAUUGAAAACUUUACAGGAUUUAAAAGUUUGGUUCCGUGCAUGUCACCCAAUUCUAUUAUUCCUUCUCAUAUUAAACCCAUUCGAUUUCAAAGUGUAGAAGAUGUUAUUCAGCAAAACGGUGCUUUAUAUUACGAGUUACCGAUAGCUGCUUUUGAUGUAGUUGAUCAAAUCGGAAGAGAUAUGAAAUGGGCUAGUCAACAAUUAGACAAUACAAUUUUAUUCGGUAUAUUACAUGCAGCACCUCAUAUUGAACUUGCGGGAAGAAGGAUGGUUCAUCGGUUGUACAAUCUCACUGGCUCAACUAAUUUUACUUGUCUCCAUUUGAGGAUUGAGAAGGAUUUCGCCGACUAUUUUCAAUCGCCAAAUCGUUAUUACAAUCUUAAUCAAAUUGUUCGAAAAGUCAGAGACGCUGCACGAGACUCCGCUAAUAAAACUUCUUCCACUUCUACUUUCAUUCUCAGUCGUACCCUAUUCAUAGCAGGUCAUCAUCUGAAUGCAACGGCGAUCAUUACUCCCUGUGCGGAUUUAAAAUAUUUUGAACACAUUCACACGAAAUUUACACUGGGACUGGAAGAUUUGUCUAACGUCUCUGACCACAUUACCGUAUUUGAUGCGAUUCGCGAUUUUGAAAUUUGUCGUCAUUCAGUUUCAUUUAUUGGUAAUAGUUUCAGUAGUUGGUCUGAGAUGAUUUUUGACUAUAAAAUGUGGACGAAUGAAAUCGCUUCAUACACUCGCGAACGGACAUUAUACAUGGUCAAUUCUUGCGCCCGAGAUGGAAGUGGACCGCUAAAGCCUUUUUGUUCAGCGAAUCAUGGUACUCGAUUUCCGCACAUUAUAUGUAAUCAAGAAGGGUGUUAACGACUAGUGUUAUCGUUAUGGCUUUGCAUUGCUUAGUCGUCUCUCUAAAGAAACUGACUUUUUCCUCCAUUCUAUUUAAAGAUUACUGAAUCACACUUUAAUGGAAUUUGUAGUGCGAAAAAUGGAGACAAGUAAAAUUAGUUCACGUGGAAAAGCGCCAGGUUUUAGAGGAAGAAAUAUGAAGUUGUCGUGAAGAAGCACCAACGUCUUGAGUGGACAGUUGUUGUUACGACAUUUGAAAUUCACUCCAGCCACCCUCACCCAGGACAGGAUCUUAACUUUGAAAAUGAUCAAUAUCAUUUUUUAAUUGAGUUUUCGACGCUGAAUUAGAAAAAAAUAGUUUGAGCGUGCCGAAUUAACAAACAAGUCGGACAUUCCGGCUUUUUUUAACAUCGCGGUUUUUUCGAGUUUUCUCAAUUUUUAAGACAUAUGACGCAAUAUAAAAGUUCGAGCUUUUGGUUUUCUUUAUCCAUCAUCUACGCUACCAAAUGGACGAUAUAUCGAACAUGGACAUAUUCAUUUAGAACAUCGAGAGAGAUUUUACGAGAUAUAAAAAUAUAAAACAAACUGUCUCUCUCUCUCUCACUUCUUCAAAUUUCGUUUUCAUCUCAUUUUUCCUAAAUCUAUCUUUUAAAGCAACUAACUACACACACAAUGAUCAAAGAAAACGUUGGAAAAGUGGGAAGAAUUCACCUCUCUACUUGCUCACUGAACCUGCUGUUUUAGUAAUUGCUAUACAAAUAAUAAGAGAUAAACCACCUUUAUCAACAUGAAAAUAGACUAUUUUCUAUUAGAGACGUUUCGUCUUUAUUCAAAAGACAUCAUCAGCCAAAUGUGACAGACGAUAGUUGAUUCAAAAUAAAUGUGUCAUUCGAUACAAAAUAAAUGUGUUGAUAUACGCUCAGUUUUGAGCUCAUUCUGAUCAGUCGAGGGUGAGUCCGAAGGAAAUAAAUUUAGUGUUUCAAUGCCAACCUUCAGAUCCUUAAACACUUUUGUUAAUCUUCCACGUGUGCAUGACACAACUAAAACAAAGAUUACUUAUAUUUAAACCUCACUUUAUUUUCAAGCAAUCGUUCGAGUAACUUCAUCAUAGAGUGGGUUACAGUCACUCGGAGUGACUUGGAGUGGACCCAUAAAAACGAUAUUCGAUUCUUUUAUCAACGACAUUUUUUAAAGAAAAUGGCUUGGUAUAGGGUGUCGUGAAUGAAGAAUUUGAAGGUCUAUCGAUUAAUAAUAUCUUCGUGUUAAACAGCGGUUGGAGCGUAUUUUAUUAAUACCCUUAAAAGUGGCAAGGGCACCAAUGGAACGCAACGAAAUUUAUUCCGUCCUGUUGUGGAAAAUCAAAUAUAUUCUAAGAUUGGGAGUCACAUUCUCACCCUACCAACCCCUGUUUCCUGGUCGGAACACGUUUGUAAAUGACAGUAAAUAUUAUUGAUGGCUAGGAAUAGUGCAUAAAAAAGGAUAUCUCUUCUAACCUCCGCUGAUUAGCUAUCUUGCAUUAAUUAGUUACUCAGUGGAUAGAAAGACAACUUGUUUCCUAGCCUUUGUUACGUAGUGAACUCUUUUAUUUAAAGAACUGUACGAUAUAACUACAUACCAUAUACUAAGGAAAACAGUCAAUAUUUAUAGGUUAUAGAGCGAGCAGAAGAGAAGAGAAAAUCGUACCAUACAAAGAAUUUCACAAUAUCAGACCAUAUGAGCUAUUUAUAUAAGCAGAAAACGAAGAAAGAAGAAAACGAUUAAAAAGAAAAAAAAAUGACGUCAAGCAAGAAAAUAAGAAAAUUUAUAUUUUCCAGCAAAUGUUCGCUGCACUUAUUACUCGACUGCUCUAUAUUCUGUCAACUUGACAGACUAAGCUGAAACCAACUAUAAUGUACUCCUCCCCGUUUUCUAUGUCAGUUUGAAGUACACGAGUUACAUUAGCAUCAAAGUUCCAUCUAACUAAACUAGUACGUGGAUUGGAUAGACAUGAAUGCUUCGUUAUACAAUGAUGAAUAUAACAGUGAUGGAUGAGUAGUUAUUAUUUAUCAUUUAACACUCUUAUUCACUGAUUAUUAAUAGCUGUUUCGAGAAGAUACUGACUAUGGAUAAUAGCAGCCUUUUAACUAUUUUUAUUUCUGUUUUACAUACAUUAUCUCUCACUAUCAUGGUCCGAAGAGAAAGCCGGAAAGUCAUGGUAGUUCAGAAUGUUCUCUGAAAGCUCAUUUGCCUUUUAUAUUGGCAUAGAUACCCACUUUUUCAUACGUUCAGCUGUGAUAUUGGCAGCCGUAUAACUAAAAAACUAAACGGUACCUUUUUCUAAAAAAUAGCAUGGUAUAGAGUACAAGUUGUGUACCACAAACUGGCAGGAAAACUGGAGAGGGGUCCCUUCAAAUUUGUUAACUUUUUAUUCUCGGAAGUUGUGAGAAUAAACAAUAAUUUCAUAGUGAGUAGAAUCCUUCUUUUCGAUAAAACGAUAAAAUUUAUUCUUUUCUCCAUUUCUUGCUUUAUAUCUGUCUCAAUAGUGUGCAUAGAAAGAGAAAACAUCAAAGCAAAGAAAAAUGAAACAUAAAAGAGAACGGGAGAAAAGCGGCAUUGUUGAUGUCUACUGUUGAAUAUAGUGUAAUAUACCGUGAAAACUCACAGUGGAGAAUCCGAGUCGAAAAAGUGUCGGGACCCCGACGAGAUCUUUGCGCCGUACAAAGUAACUCGUCGCGCUGAUUCCGAAUAUGUAAAAAUCUCGAGGGUCGCUUCUCUAGAAAAAAACCAUCAUAUUUUGAUAUGUGGUCCGCGAGCAUACAGACAACUGAGUCGUCCAUUUACAAUGCCUAUACACUUAGGGCGGGUCAAAUUGUAGGGAGCAAAAAAAAUCGAUGUUUUACCUAUCCUAGCGGUGUUCUACGGGUCGUUUUAAGAAACUUUGCCCAAGGAACUAUAGCUCUAUCGUGAAAAUCGGG